UGUUAAUAUUAUAACAAAUUAACAACAAUGCAUUGGACUUGUUUGUUAAUUACUUGCAUACAGUUAACAUAUAGUAAAGUACUAGUAUCACCAAUUGGAGAUUUAGAUUGGUGGCAAAAUUCUAUAAUUUACGAAAUCUUUCCGUUAUCUUUCAAAGAUUCAGACGGUGAUGGAUCAGGAGAUUUUAAUGGUAUAACUCAAAAAUUGGAUUACCUCGUAGAUUUAGGAGUGACUGCAAUUUGGCUAACGCCAUUUUUCGAAUCACCUUUAGAAUCUGGUGGCUACGAUAUAACCAAUUAUCUAGACGUACAAAAUGUUUUUGGUACAAUAGAUGAUUUCAAAGAGCUUUUAAACGCGGCACAUGCAAAAAAUUUAAAAGUUGUCAUGGAUUUUGUUCCUAAUCACACCAGCGAUAAACACAUUUGGUUUGAAAAGUCUGUCAAUAAAGAACCUAAUUACGUCGACUAUUAUAUUUGGAAAGAUGCAAAAAAUCAAGAGGAAGUGUUAAAAAAUAACAAUACAAUUCCCAUUGAGCCAAACAACUGGCAAAUGAUUUUUGGAAAUAGUGCUUGGGUUUGGCAUAACACUCGCAAACAGUUUUAUUUUGCUCAAUUCAUUAACAAUUUACCAGAUUUAAACUAUCGUAAUGAAAGAAUUCAUGAAGAAAUGAAAAAAAUUUUGAAUUAUUGGAUAGAAUUAGGAAUUGAUGGUAUUCGAAUAGAUGCUUUAAAACAUGUAUACGAAAGUGAAAACAUGGAUGACGAACCAAUAGUAGAUAAGAAUAUUCCAGCUAAUUAUUUUAAUUUAGAUCAUAUUUUUACAAUUGACCAAAACGAAGUAUAUGAUUUGAUUAAAGAAUGGCGAUUAUUACUUGACGAAUUUAAACUAAAAGAUCAUCAUACAAGGAUAAUAAUGACAGAAUCAUAUAGUAAUACGAGUGUUUUAUUUAAGUAUUACACUUCUGGAGCUGAAAUACCAACAAAUUUUAAUUUAUUGGAAGAGUAUUAUCAUACUCCGAGUGACUAUGAAAGAGAAAUAGAAAAUUGGAUAACUAAAAUGCCAGCUGGAGCAACAUUUAAUUCAGUGCUCCAAAACCACGAUCAUACAAGAUUUCCAACUUUUUACGGUAAAGAAUUGAUUGAUGGCCUAAACGCUUUAUCCUUAUUUCUACCGGGUGUAUCCAUAGUUUUAUAUGGAGGAGAAAUUGGAAUGGAAGACUUACCAGAUAAAAUUAAUUUGUCGAGAGGACCUAUGCAGUGGGAUGAUACGGAAUACGCCGGGUUCACUAAUAACACGAACGGGCCAUGGAUCGAGGUACACUCAGAUUAUAUCACGAGAAAUGUGCAAACUGAAAGCAAAAAUCCUAAAAGUUAUUUAAACUUUUUCAAAUCGGUAUCGAAAUUACGGCAGACAGAAACGAUUAAAAGAGGAGGGAUGGCAAUUGACAUUUUUAACGAUGCAGUUUUUGUUUUGAAUAGAUUUUUACCGGGAUAUGAGAAUUACACGUUAAUUAUCAACAUGGACAAGAACUAUACACAGCAUGUACGUUUAUCAGACCAAAUAUCAAAUUUGAGCGAUUCUUUAACUAUUGUAGUUGGAUCAGAAAAUUCAAAUUUUAACACUGGGAAUUCAAUAUCAACUGGACAAUGGUUUGCAUUAAACCCCGGUGCCACAAUUAUACUAACUGAUGCAACUGCUCCAGAAUCAAUAUACUCAUCAAGUACUCAGUUGAACAUAACAUUUCAAGUUCUAUUAUUUUGUUUAUUUUUUAUUAAAGUGUAUUCCUAAUUUGUAUAAAGCACAAAUUUCUUAAUA